CGGCGGCCAGGGCGGUAGCCGCUCGCGGGCGCACAGCGGCGCAGCUGCACCCGCGGCUCUCUCCACACCGCAGCCCUGGGUUUGCACAGUGGCCCCUGGGGUGGGGGUUCCAGGGCAGCUGGGGUGCUGGCGGGCAGAGCAGCAGAGCAAGUUCCACCUAAAGGAAACUCCCCCUAGUCGCUGCGGGAAAACGGUCCGAGGUGCUGAGUGUUGCAGCGGCGGCGAGAAUCGGGAGGAGGAGGAGCAGACGACAAGGAUAGGCCCAGGAGCUAUGGAGUCCAAAGAGGAACAGACAUUCAAAAAUACCAACAUGGAGCUUGUCCAGAAGGAAAAGGCAGAAAAGGCGCCAGUUGCUAAUAAAGAGGAGCCGGUGGCCCUCCGUUUUGAAGCUGGCGAGUACCUGGCACCUAGAGGAAACCGUAGACGGUUCCGUGCUAGGCAGCCCAUUGUGCACUACAGAUGGGAUAUGAUGCAUAGGCUUGGAGAGCCACAGGCAAGAAUGGGAGAAGAAAAUGUCGAACGCAUUGGGGAAGAGAUGAGGCACCUGAUGCAGAAACUGAGGGAGAAGCAGUUGAGUCAUAGUCUGCGGGCUGUUAGCACUGACCCCCCUCACCAUGACCAUCAUGAUGAAUUCUGCCUUAUGCCCUGAAACCUGAUGCUUUCCCUCAAGUACACCGGGAGACCUCUGAUUCCCAACUUUAUGCAUUUGUGAUGUAUUGUUGAUGUAAACGUUUUGAAGUUACCCAUUCCCUUCGGUUCCCUCUUAUUAGCUUCUAAUUAAAUGGUGUAUUUUUGACCCAGUCUGUAAGACUUCAUUUGCGGAAGAAUUUUGCCUAUUGCAUGGAAA